UUUUUUUUUAAGCGGUGGACAGAGAGAGGGAGAGACAGUAACGGAGAGGACAGGAGGAAAACGCUCUGUUCGUCCUUUCCGCCACCACCACCCCGAUUUGCGGAGAGGGGUCGGGCCGAGGGGCGGCGGAACCAGCCCCCUUCUCCGGGGAAGGCGACCCCGGCUCGGGGAGCCGCCGGAGGCAGCCGCCGCGAAGAGGGCGCGCAGGAAAAGAGAUGCAUUGAAAGUUUCCGCGCAAACUUUGCCGUGAGUGCGCGAAUCCGAGCGAGCGCGGCGCGGGUGCCUGUCUGCCCCGACGCGGGGAGAGCGCCGCGGACGGGCGCCGCUGUGGAGCUCGGACUGCCCGGCGGCAGGGGCCGGGCGGCGGCAGGGCGGCCGCGGAGCCUGCGCUCGGCCCGGCGGAGCGCCCACGGAAAGCAGCAGCGGGGACCGGCGGAGAGCCGGGCUUAUGGAGGGGUGAAACCGGAGACCCCGAAGAGGAACCCCCCUUACCCGGUAAUCCUUCGCAGCGCCCGGCCGGCAGCACUUCAGGAGGCGGCGGCGGGCACGGAGGAGGCGAAAGCGCGGCGGGGCGGCGGCGGCAGCGGGGCGGCGGCGGCGAGGCGGAGCACGGCGGGCCCCGCUUCGCGGCGUGCGCCGGCAACCAUGAACUUUCUGCUCACUUGGAUCCGCUGGGGGCUGGCGGCGCUGCUCUAUCUGCAGAGCGCGGAGUUGUCGAAGGCUGCGCCUGCCCUGGGGGAUGGGGAGCGGAAACCCAAUGAAGUUAUCAAAUUCCUGGAAGUCUACGAGCGCAGCUUCUGCAGGACUAUUGAGACCCUGGUGGACAUUUUCCAGGAGUAUCCUGAUGAGGUGGAGUACAUAUUCAAGCCAUCCUGUGUGCCUCUGAUGAGAUGUGCGGGUUGCUGCGGCGAUGAGGGCCUAGAAUGUGUCCCUGUGGAUGUGUACAACGUCACAAUGGAGAUCAUGAGAAUUAAACCCCAUCAGAGUCAGCACAUAUCACACAUGAGCUUCUUACAGCACAGUAAAUGUGACUGCAGACCAAAGAAAGAUGUCAAAAACAAACAAGAAAAGUGGUCACAGAAACCUAGAUCUGAUGGUCCUUCCUUCAUACCCCAGACAUGGACCUUGCAUGACCCAUGGCCAUGGCAGUCAUUCCUAAUGCUUUUUCCCGAGUCAGGGAAGUCCCGUCAUGUCUGUCCUGCUGGAAUGGAUUCAAGGUUGAUUUUCUUCCCCUCACCGUCUCCCUGUGACUCCUGCCUGACAUAUAGGGCAGAACUGGGAUUGAGCUGAUGCUCUGACACUUGUUCCAGUGAGACAACUUGAACAGGGCCUAGGAGACACCUAUGGUGCUUUCUCUUCUAUCCCUCCAGUUCCCUUUGACAGCUCUCUCCCGAGGUGGGCUGCACCAGGGAACGAGGGAGCCUUUGCUGAACUGCCUCGGAGCUGGGACUCAUUUGCCUGACAAGCCCUGGUGCUUUGCCUAGGGCCUUCUCCUUGCAUGUCUCUCCCUUGCUCCUGUGCUAAUGUGGCUCAAGGAGCAGUACAGGCUCCAGCCUCCCUCGCUCCCUGUGCUCUCAAUGGCCCAUAGGGAUCCAUGGUUAGUGUCCAGGGCUGCAUAUCCUAUCCCCUGCCUGCUCUGCUCCUGCCCAAGAAUCAGAGGCAACCGGUAAAUUUUUCAGAAUGGAGUCAGUACCUUGGCUCCAUCUGCUUGUCUGUCUGGCAGGUCCAUGUGGAUGGUGACAGGAGGGAAGAACUGAAAGCUGCUUGCUGAUUAUCUCCUGGGUAAAAUAACUAGGUCAGGCCAUCCUCUUCCCCCUCUUUACUCUUCAGUACUCAGAAUAGAGGCUGCCAGAGGAGAUGUUACAGGCAUCCAAGUAAGGUCUCCUGGAGUCCUCUGAACCGGAGGCAGGAGGUGAGGUGGAUAAGCAAAGCCUUCAGGUUGGGUAGCCCUCUCUGAGAUCAGAUCUCUUCCCUUGUCUGUGGAGUGUUCCUGUCCCAAGGCAGGAUUGCUGCCCACCCUGCAGCAGAGCUAUUGGAGCUCAGCUGCCCCCUCCUAGGCCCAGUACUGAGCAGUGCGUCAGGUCAGAGUGCUUUCCUCUUCCCUGAAGAGAGCCCUUUCACUCAGGUUGCCUUUUGUCAGUCAUUGUGCACCUGUGCUUGUCGCCUGGAAUGGUUGUCUGCACUCACCGCGGUGGCGUGAUGCUUUCACAAAGCUUUCUGUUCCUUCUCCCUUUCUCACCCCCUGCCCUUUUCCCUGGAGGGGGCAGGUGCCCCUCUGAGGCUCCAGCAGAUCCACCUCUGCUCGCAGCAGCCUUGCAGGAGGUGGUCUCUGCUGAGUUCCCUGGUGUUGGCUUGGCUAUGGGCAGGCUGGUUGCAGAGCUGACAGGAGCGCCGGAGCCAGUGAAUGUGCGUGCGAGGUGGAGAUCUGUGCUUCAGCCCUGGGAUUUACCCUCCAGUCCUGCCUCAUGUGCUUCUCCCCUCCCAGCAAGGCACAUGGCUGUAUUUUUUUUUCUCUUCUUCCUUGCGUUUUCUUCCGUUUUCUAUCUCUCCCUUUCUUUCCCCUUCUCUCUCUUUCUCUUUUUUUUUUUUUUUUUUUUUUUGUUUUUCUUCCAGAAAAUCAAAGCGAGGAAGGGGGAAGGGUCAAAAGAGAAA